AUGAAAAUACAUGUGCAAUUACAUUUUGAAAAACAACAUAUGGAUCAACAACUCAGAUACAAUCUUGAACAACCGCGUGAUUUUUCUAAUGAUUUAUUCUUUAUUACUGGUGUGAAUACUACAUCGAAUAAUCAUUAUUUGUAUGACAAUAAUCAUGAGCAACUGAAUGCUAAUUCAACUUUUCGUCCAAUGAUCAUUGAUUUGAAUGCUGCUUGGAACGAAGGACAUUUAUACCAAAAUGCACAACAACAACCCAUAGUUAUUCCGCAUAUUAAUCAACCGCACGUAAAUGAAGAUCCUUAUUUCACAGCAUUUAAUAAAGAUUCUACUAAUGCAAUGAUAAUAAACGAGAGACGUAGGCGAUUAGAAAACAAACGUCAACGUCAACAUCGAUCAUCAAACUAUCGCCGUCCUCGGCGAGUCACUCCAACAACAUCAUCAGACGACAUUUGUUGCUGUUGCUGUUGUACUGAUAUAGGUUCCAGUACGUCAAAUUCAGAUGAAGACAGUUGCUGUGAAUGCGGAGAUUGUUGUACUGCCGAUAGUUGCGACUGCAGUGGAUGUGAUUGCGAUUGCGGUAGCUGUAAUUGUGGUGGUUGUGAUUGCGGUAGCUGUGAUGGUGAUGCUUGUGAAGGGUGUGUGUCUAUUCUUGUAUGUUGCCUUUUGUGUUUUACUGCGUGUGAUAAUUAG